AUGAGUUUGGUGGUAAUCAGUGAGACUCGCUUCAUCGUAUUACGCUGUACAAUGAUGAUGAUGACAAUGGUAUCUAGAGACACGACAACGGUUAGUGGCCUAAGUGUGCGACCGUGUUCCAACAGCUGGCCUAGGGUGGAGAUUCAAUCGGUGAAACCACAGCUUGCACAAAAUCGGGUCGAAUCUUCUCGGAUGCACUCUUCACCAAUUGCUGAAGUAGGCAGUGGGACUCAAACUAAUGUUUUAAAAAUUUCGUUGUGUUCGAUGAUUCAAUUUGUUCAUGAAACCUCCGAUACAUUCGUUUCAGGAACCUUGGGCAGACAAGGAUCAUCGGCUGUCCUGCGUCACUUGCAAACUCGACUGGAUGCUUUGGGACGGUCACAUUUCGUUCUAUUGUUAUCCGAAAUCUUUCCAUCAAAACUGGCCCUGUUUCAAGAUGAAGUUGAUGUUUGGAUACAGGUGGCUUGUCCCCGGCUGAGUAUCGAUUGGGGUACUGAGUUUCCAAAACCCAUCCUGACCCCCUACGAGGCGGCUGUAGCCUUGGAUUUGGCAGAUUGGACAGCAGACGAGACUGGGGCUUAUCCGAUGGACUUUUACGCGAACAACAGUUACGGACCUUGGACUCCGAAUCACGAACAGAAUCGACCACAGGUCGUCCGGUUACCAGCAUCGACGAUGCGCCGGGACGCUUUGAAAGACAAUAAACCUUCCUCUUGA